AUGGGUGGAUUUUGGCGUAGUAGUGUUGUUGGUUUUGUAGUGGUGGCUUUGAUUGUUCAAAGUGGAGUUUUUUGUGAUGAAAAUAAUAACAUUAAUAAUGAAAAGGGAGAUUUAAAAGACAAGAAGUUCUUAUUGCAUAGGCAUUUUCUAGGGAAGGGCCUUGGGUUAGGGUUUGGUGGUGGUAGUGGCUUUGGCGGCGGCGCCGGUGGUGGUUUGGGUGGUGGGGGUGGUCUUGGUGGUGGCGGCGGAUUGGGCGGUGGGAGUGGUCUAGGGGGAGGUUUUGGUCAUGGUAUAGGUCUUGGUGGUGGAAGUGGUGGUGGUUUAGGGGGUGGUGGCGGUCUUGGUGGCGGUGGUGGAUUAGGGGGUGGUAGUGGGCUUGGGGGUGGUGGUGGAUUAGGUGGCGGUAGUGGUCUUGGUGGCGGUGGUGGUUUAGGGGGUGGUAGUGGUCUUGGUGGCGGGGGUGGUUUAGGGGGUGGUAGUGGUCUCGGGGGUGGUGGUGGUUUAGGGGGUGGUAGUGGUCUUGGGGGUGGUGGUGGUUUAGGGGGUGGAGGUGGUCUUGGCGGAGGUGGUGGUUUAGGGGGCGGUGGAUGGGGGCAUGGUCUUGGCGGCGGAUAUGGAGGUGGCGCCGGUGGCGGAUAUGGUGGCGGAGGCCACUAA